GCUUCUAUUUAUCCCCUUUUCUUGUCUGAAGCAAGCAGGAAAAAAACAUAAAAGAAGAAGAAGAAGAAAAAUACAGGAGAGAGAGAGAGAGGGAGAGAGAGGGGGAGAGAGUCAAUUUGAAGCAGUUUAACGAAUCCUCCCUCUUUUGUUUUUGAUCUUUUUCUCAGAUUUUACCAAAGUGGGUUUCUUUCUCCUCAAUUAAUGGCGGUAUGUGUUCGUGUGUAUGUACAUCCGUAUAUGUGUAUGUAUAUCACCUUGCCUUUAUCAAAGCCCUAAUCGAUUUAUCUUCCUUUUUUUUGCUUUAAAGGUUUCUUUUUUUUAAAACUUCAGGACCUCGACUCCAUUUUCUUAAUUCUCUCUCUCUCUCUCUCUGUGAAUUUGGAAUCCCUCAUUUGUUAAUUUUGUUGUCCCUUUCGUUGAGCCAGCUUAUGUAGAUGUAUCUAACUACUUUCAGAUCCUUCCUCUCUUUGACUUGUCUUACGGCCUGACAGCUCCUGUCUGAAAUUAGGGUGUGUUUUUUCUUCUCUUUGGGUCUUUCUGCAGCUCGCUCUCGCUUGUUCAAGCUCGUGAUCUGACCAUCUGGGUUCUGAAUUCCGCUACUCCUGGAUCAUAAAGUAUAAAUUUUUCUUUUGCCCUUUUUCUGUUCUUAGUCAAUCUGAUCCCGAUACGAACCAUCUUCGGGUUUGGAGCUGAAUCUGGCUGUUCCUGUGUCGUAUAGGAAGAAAUCGCCGUCGGAAAUUGUAGAAUUUCCCGUUCUUUAUGAUCGAUUCUGGUCUUGGAUUGUAUGUAUGUGUUUGGUAGAUAGCUGAUCAGAGAGAGAGAGAGAGAGAUUCAUCAGGGACCGGUUGAUGUUCAGAACAUGUUGAGAAAUGAGUAGCAAGUUCUCGAAAUGGGGUGCGUUUUGGGACGACCUGAAUCCUCAGGCUCAGUGGCUGAAUCUAGACACGACAAUAGCACACGGAUCGAAUCUAAUAGAAAGGAAGUGAACGAUCUGUCCGUGACGAAAACCGAAACAGAGAGCAGUAGCGUCCUUGUUGCUGCUGCUGCUGCUGAGAUUCAGAACGAUGAGGCUGUGGUCAGGAAGGAGGAGAACGUCGUGACUAAGGAACGAAAACCGAAAGGGGAAAGAAGAAGGGCUAAGCCAGAUCCGAGAAAGAGCAACCCGCCGAGGAAUUUGCACGGCGAGCAGGUCGCUGCAGGAUGGCCUUCGUGGCUGUCCGAAGUUUGCGGGGAGGCGCUCAACGGAUGGCUUCCCCGAAAGGCAGACUCGUUUCAGAAGAUCGAGAAGAUUGGAUCGGGAACAUAUAGUAACGUCUACAAGGCGAAAGAUACAUUGACGAACAAGAUCGUUGCUUUGAAGAAGGUUCGGUGCGACAUUGUGGAACGCGAGAGUUUGAGGUUUAUGGCUCGGGAGAUUCUCAUAUUACGGAGAUUGGAUCAUCCUAAUGUCAUAAAAUUGGAAGGUUUGGUCACUUCAAGGAUGUCAAGUAGUUUAUACUUGGUGUUCCAAUACAUGGACCAUGAUCUGGCCGGUCUUGCUGCUAGCCCCGAUAUAAAGUUUACGGUCCAACAGGUUAAAUGCUAUAUGCAACAACUGCUCUCGGGGCUCGAGCAUUGUCAUAGUCGAGGAGUGCUUCACCGUGAUAUCAAAGGGUCGAAUCUUCUUAUAGACGAUGAAGGGGUACUUAGAAUCGGGGACUUUGGGCUUGCGACCUUCUUUGACCCGAGCAGCAGGCAACCGAUGACGAAUAGGGUCGUUACUUUAUGGUAUAGAGCUCCCGAGCUUCUCCUAGGUGUCGUUGAAUACGGUGUCGGUAUUGAUUUAUGGAGCGCCGGCUGCAUUUUAGCCGAGUUGCUCUCUGGCCGACCCAUCAUGCCAGGCCGUAACGAGGUGGAGCAAUUACAUAGGAUAUACAAGUUGUGUGGUUCGCCUUCGGAAGAGUAUUGGAGAAAGCUUAAAUUCCCGAGCCAUCAUAAGAAUGUGUACAAGCCACGAGAGCCUUACAAGAGGCGGAUAAGAGACGUUUUCAAGGAUUUCUCGGCCGAGUCGCUUUCUCUCCUCGAUACUCUCUUGGCAUUCGACCCGGCUGAGCGCCAGACUGCCUCGGAUUCUCUCAUGAGCGAUUUCUUUACAACGGAGCCUCUUCCGUGUAGACCUUCGGAUCUUCCCAAAUAUCCUCCGACCAAAGAGAUCGAUGCCAAGAAACGAGAUGACGAGUUCCGGAGACAAAGAGAAGCUCGUAAGGCUCAAGGAGAGAGCGGAAGAAGAGCGAGACCCCGUGAACGUGGCCCGAGAGCCAUGCCUGCCCCUGAAGCCAAUGCCGAGAAUCAAUCCAACAUCAACAAACUGAGAUUGAUUACGCACGCGAACGCGAAGAGCAAGAGCGAGAAGUUUCCUCCGCCGCAUCAGGACGGGGCGCUCGGUUUUCCGGUGGGAUCUUCACGGCGAGUUGACCCAUCGGAGAUCCCUUUCAGCUCGACGUCCUUCACUGCUUACUCGAACGAGCCUCUCCAGACAUGGUCGGGCCCCCUCCCGGUCCCCGACACGUCCCGGAGAUGGAGACACGGCGGCGAGACGUCGGCCAGGAAGAAUGAUCGGAGACUGGAUGCUAAGGUUAAGGGGAAGAGAGCCAUUGUCUGAUAGAUCCUUCUGCCUCAUUCAAAGGUUGCCUCUUUUUUUUUUUAAAAUCAAAAUACGUAAUGAGAAACAAAACGAAGAAGAACAAUUAAAGCUUCCAUUUUUUUUAUAUGUUUUGAUAUUAUUAUAUGAGGAAGUUUACCACUUUGGACCCGA